CUCGGUCGGGCCUUUCUAAAUGACACAUUUACUCAAUUCGGCAUCAUUACAACCAUAAUACACCACAUAAAGCAGAAAAGAUGGCUCCGAUAUGUGCCGAUCCUCGGCAAAUAGUCAUUGCUCUCGAUCAGCAGAAACGGCUCGAAUUACUGCGACUAGUUGACAAUAUCCUCUUACAUAUGACGAACCAGGUUGAAGCAAAGCCUGAAGAGCUGGGAUCAAUCACUCCAGAUACAGAGUCAGACUCCGAAGAGCAUAAACAGGAUGGUCAAAAGUCUGGCACGACGACACCGCCUGUAUCGGAUGAUGCGGAUAGCACACACAAGAAGCCUGCAAAAGGCAAUGGCAAUAUGUUCGAUGGUGUCAUGAAGAAUAUCAAGAGUGUCAAAGUACCGAUACCUUGGAAGAACAAUAACAAUGCACCUUCGAAAACCACAAAACGAGCUGAAGAGAUUCAGCUCGGCGCUUUGCAAUAUCUCGUGGCAUGGCAAAUGGAGUUUAUGCCGAAAUUCGAAGAGAUAAUCCGUGUCAAAGAUACCGAAGAUAUCUUAAAAGAACGAAAAUCUAGACUCGACGCUACGAAUGAAAUCGCAAAAUCCCUAGAAGGAGUCGACCUGAGCGGAGAAAAGCCAACCGUAGAAGUGGUUGUUACUGAAGCAGAGCUGAAAGACGAUAUCAAUGCAUUACAAGCGUUAUACAAACCGACAAAAACACCUCUCACCGCACUGCCUGAAGCUGAUCGACGGGAAUGUAUAGGAUGCAUACUUCUCCUGCUUCUUUCUACAGGAAAAUAUUCGGCCCACUCGCGAGCCCUUGCAAUGUACUUGGCCUCGUCUCUCAAUAUAUCUCAGACUUUCCUCAACCAGGAAGAGAGUGAGAUAGCGAAGUCUCUAAUUGAGUCAUCUACAUCUAAGAAGGCCAAAAAAGAAAGAAUGUCAGCAGAAGCCGAAACGGCAAAGCGUCAACAAGAGAAUAAAGUUAGUCGCUACUGGAAGGUCGGCCUCGCAUCGGUGGCUGGAGCUACCAUCAUUGGUGUCACGGGUGGUCUGGCUGCUCCUCUUGUUGCUGGUGCCAUGGGUGGAAUCCUCGGUGGUGUGGGAUUAGGCGGUGUUGCAAGCUUCCUGGGUAUCUUCUGGAUGAACGGCGCCCUUGUCGGCGCUUUAUUUGGAGCGUAUGGUGCUAAAAUGACGGGUUCUAUGAUGGAUAAGUAUGCCAAGGAAGUCGAAGAUUUUAAAUUUAUUCCACUCGAAGAAGAGCCGUCUAGCGUUGCAUCUGGUAAACCAGAGGACCAGGCUCACGAUUGCCGCAGACUAAGGGUCACGAUCGGAAUCAACGGCUGGCUGAACGACGAGAAGGAUAUUGCUAAGCCCUGGCAAGCUCUCAACACGGAUACCGAAGUCUUCGCACUACGAUACGAAAUGGAGGCGUUACUUGCGUUAGGAACCGCUCUUAAGGAUCUUGUCUCGUCGUUUGCCUGGCAGGCCUUCAAGUCCGAAAUCAUCAAGCGAACCGUUCUGGCUACCCUCUGGGCGGCUCUGUGGCCGAUCCAAGUUGUUGCCAUUGCGUCCAAUGUGGAUAACCCGUUCAACCGAGCUAGCAACCGCUCCAAGAAAGCAGGUAGACUGCUAGCCGAUGCAUUGAUCAACAAGGUUCAAGGAGAGCGCCCCGUAACACUUAUCGGCUACUCUCUCGGAGCUGUAGCUAUCCAUGCAUGUCUGCAGUCGUUGGCAGAGCGACAAGCUUUUGGCCUGAUAGAUACGGUUGUCAUUGUCGGUACACCUGCUCCUUCUGAUGCGGCACAUUGGCGCACCCUCCGUAACGUUGUGUCGGGCAAAAUCUUCAAUGUAUACUCUGAAAAUGACAUGGUGCUAGGCUUUGCAUACCGUAUGCAUAGCUUGGAGCGAGGUGUCGCUGGAUUACAGGCAAUUCAAGGUGUGAAAGGCAUUGAGAAUCUGGAUCUGAGCUCGCAGGUCAGUGGACAUCUUCGAUAUCCUGACUUGAUUGGUGAGAUCCUUGAUCAAUGUGGCUUUGUGGGUGUGAAGAGCUCCCACGAAAUUGAGAAAGAUGAUGUUAUUAAAAUGAAGGAUGAAUAUGCGAAGGGUAAUCUUGUCGACCUUGAUGAGAAUGCGCCUCAUGAGGGCCAUGAGGACUAUGAGGAACAUGGUCACCGCAUCAUGAUGGUGGACAACGAUGUGAAGGAGACAUCGGCUAAAAGUAACCGAAGUUCAAAUGGAGAGUAGAUAAAACCAAAUAUGAUGUUAUGAUUCUGGUUACUCUCAAGAUUCACAAAUAACAAUGACGAUAAUGAUACUGAUAACACUUUGAAACGUCUCACAUAUGGGUUGAUCACUUUUACGGACCGAAAGGUAUUGCAAUAAACUGUGAUAUUCU